CUGAAUUCGGGUUGUCGUUGGAUCUUAUGUGGAUUGGACUUAGGAGUAGUAUUUAUGAUUAUAUUAUAAUUUAUCAUAGAUACGGUAGUAUCUUAUAUAUCCAUCCCUAUAUAUAUAAUACUCCUACGCUCCCUCUUCACAAACAGCAGCUUCCAAAAUUUCAUACUCUCUUCCUCAAACCCUCCUCAACACCCAUCAGAACUAGCGGCGGCGCCCCAUACUCUCUCCCUCAAACCCUCAGCUCCCUAUUACAUCUGUGAGAAUCCUCAACUCCCAUCAGAACUAGCCGCGGAGCCUCAUACUCUCUCCCUCAAACCCUCACUAUUACUUCUGUGAGAAGUAGCAGCGGAGCACGGUGGAUCGUGAGCGGCACCGACCAACGUAGAUUGCAACUUAGACACCGGGCUGCGGAAAAAGUUCUAUCAUUUUGCCCAAGACAAGGAAAGAUAUGGGGAACUGGGCCGAACUUUGUAAGGACAUUCUAAGAUUGAUUGUGGAUCAGUUUUCGAAAAUCGAAGAUAUUGCUCAGUUUGGUGCGGUUUGCCAUUCAUGGCGAUUAGUUUCAGUCGAGAAGUGGCACUUCUCAAUUGCUUCACCCUGGUUGAUGCUUGUAGAGAAGGAAGAUAGUGACAACCGUGACUUUUACUGUCUCUCUACGAAAAAGGUUUACCGCUUGAACUUGCCAGAGGCCCGUGGGAGGAUGUGUUGGUCCUCCUAUGGUUGGUUGAUUACUUUAGGGCUUGAUAUGGAGAUUCACUUAUUUAACCCCUUUUCUCGAUCUCGGGUUCUAAUUCGGCUUCCACCUCAACCAACCCUCCCAAAUCAAUACGAUGAUAGCGUAAGUCCAGAAUAUGUUCGUCGGAUUUUUAUAAGAAAAGUGAUAUUAUCCUCGAGACCAACCCUUUGUGUUGGUAAUGAUGAGAAAUGCAUGGUUAUGGGGAUUUUUUCAGAAUAUAGGAAAUUAGCCUUUUUGAGAUUGGGAGAUGAAGUUUGGACUCCUGUAUACACUCCUCAAGGUGGUAUUAAUGAUGUCAUCUACAUGAAUGGUCAAUUCUAUGCUAUAGCUGACGAAGGGAAAUUGGUAAUUGUUGAUAUUUCCAAGCCUGAUCCAAAGACGAUUGAGAUUGCUGAACCACCAAAGGAUUAUGAUAUUGGUGCAAGGCCUUAUCUUGUGGAGUUAGAAGGAGAACUCUUUUUGGUUGGCCGGGGAAUUUUUGUGGAAUAUGUGGGUGUAGAGUGUAAUGAGCCUCAAUCUGCUCGAGAAACAGAAGAUUUUGAAGUUUACAAGUUCAGUUUCGAUGACAAGAAGUGGACAAAGGUGGAGAGCUUGGACAACCGUGCGCUGUUUGUGGGUGCUAACGCCUCAUUUGCCAUCUUCUCCUCUAACCAUCCAGGAUGUGAACCCAACUGUAUCUACUUCACUGAUGACGGUGCAUAUGGUCUUAUGAAAGACACAGCUCGUAAGGACAUGGGAUUGUUUCGGAUGGAGAUUGGGGAAUUUGAUGAACACUAUGUUGGCCCAGACAUCCUUACUUGUGUUUGUGCACCUCUUUGGAUUUCUCCUUCUCCAUAAUAGACAGGUUGCAGCUUAAUUUGUUGCCUGUCAUUGUUGGAAUUUUUCUUAUUUAUUAUAUUGAUGUAUGAAUAUUAUUUACUUCGUAUAAAUAUUUAGUGGUAUUAAUCAGCUAGUAUCGUAUCAACAUUUUUGAAGGAGAGGAGAAGAAUAGAAAGAAGGGAAUUCAUGUACUUUUCUACUGUUUAUAUCCAUUUUGAAGAGAUUAAAUUUCAAUUUCACCUCCUGAA